UUGUUGCUUUGAAUCAUUCUAAAUUUAUAUUCGCGUUUCCUAAAUUUAAAUUCUAAUUUUUUAAAUUAAAAUAUUCGAAUUCUUGAUUUAUACACAAUUUUUUCGUUCCUCCAAGGUUGCUAAGAUGAGAGGUAGCGUUCGCUUGUUGGCCAAAAGAUACAACUCUUCAUCUUCAGUAUGUCCGGCUGCUGUGGAAGCAACUACAGCUCAGGUUAAGGUGGACUCCGAACCCCGACCCUAUGCCGAAGUGCCGGGUCCAAAACCUAUUCCAGUCCUUGGCAAUACGUGGCGGCUGUUACCUCUAAUAGGUCAAUACCAAAUCUCAGACCUGGCCAAGGUAUCCAAGAUCCUUUAUAACGAGUAUGGCAAAAUAGUGAAGCUUUCAGGCUUGGUUGGCAGGCCUGAUUUACUGUUCGUCUACGAUGCUGCCGAAAUCGAGAUGAUGUAUCGGACUGAAACCGAUGCUCCACACAGGCCCUCCAUGCCCUGUCUAGUCAAGUACAAGAGUGAAGUACGCAAGGACUUUUUCGGAAGACUGCCUGGUGUGGUUGGUGUGCACGGAGAACCUUGGAGAGAGUUUAGAACCAAAGUACAAAGACCUAUUUUAAGACCUGCCGCUGUAGUACAAUACAUCCAACCCAUUGAAGAGGUCACCAAUCAAUUCCUUGACAGGAUGCUUCAAAUAAGAGAUGAUCGAGACGAACUGCCAAACGAUUUCGAUAAUGAUAUUCACAAAUGGGCUCUAGAAUGUAUUGGAAGAAGCCUUGACGUUCGCUUGGGAUGUCUGGAUCCAAAUUUGGCCGACGAUUCAGAGCCUAUGAAGAUUAUCAAUGGAGCCAAAUUUGCAUUGAGGAACAUCGCUCUGCUAGAGCUGAAAUUCCCGUUCUGGAGAUAUGUGCCAACUCCACUGUGGGGACGAUACGUUAAAAACAUGGACUAUUUCAUUGAAAUCUGUAUGAAACACAUAGACACAGCCCAGGAUCGUCUACAGAAAAAAUUGGACGCUGGAACUCCAGAGAGCGAAUUUUCUGUGGUGGAGAGAAUACUGCUGAGCGAUCCUGAUCCAAAACUAGCCUACGUUUUAGCAUUGGAUUUGAUAUUGGUUGGGAUUGACACGAUAUCAAUGGCA